AUGGCAGCUUCAACUGCUGACGUGUGUGUUUCGUGUCAUAAGCCUCUCACAUUGUUGAUCGAGAUUGAUGAGGAAGGGGAUGAGGCAAUGUCUGGGGCUGGCACUUCGGGCGGAGAUAGGCAUGUAGAUGACGAUCUGCUGUGUGAUCUCAAGAAUGAAGGAGGGCUACAAGAGGAUUUAGAUAUACUGCCGGUUCUGACCGAAGAGCUGUAUCUAAAAGCCUAUCCCGAAGAGCGAAAAUGUCAAGCAUUCCUCGAGUUUUGCGGACAAGGGGACAUCGAUGCUCUUGCGGAUUUGCUGGAGGGUGACAGUGAAGACGACGAACAGACUGGUCAAACAUUUUCUCAUGAAACGAGUUUGCUUCUUCGAUAUCAAGAUCAAAUUAGGACCAUGAAUAGUGGGUUGCAUGUAGCGGUUCAAAAUGGACGUACGGAAGUGGCUUGGCUUCUGUUGCUGCUCGCUUCGAGUCUCGACAUGGCUCACUUUCCAGCUGAAGUGCUAAGAGCAGCACAAGGCUUGGCUUUCAUUAGGCACGACCCAAGGGAGAAGACUGACAUUCGCUCUCUGAGAGAUUCUGAAGGCAAGACGGCAGAAGAAAGAGCAGCCUCAAUGGAUGGAAUCUGGGAUGAGUGGGUCCGACACAACUUGAUCAUGCGUCGUACGCAAAGAAGAAUGCGUAUCGAUGGCUUGAGCCAUCUCUGCGGUCUGUUUACUGCUUGA